AUGAAAGCCGAUUUUACUUGCCUCAUCCUGAUUGCUUCUAUAGCUAUUGCACAAGCUUUACCACAGAGUGGUCAAAAUGACCACGCCGACCAGUAUAUGAAAGAACAACCACCUAUUCCACGAAAAAAUAUGAUUCCGCGGCAAGACAUGAUGAUGCCGCAGCAAAAUAUGAUGCCGCAGCAAGAUAUGAUGAUGCCGCAGCAAGAUAUGAUGAUGCCGCAGCAAGAUAUGAUGAUGCCACAGCAAGAUAUGAUGAUGCCACAGCAAGAAGCUAUGAUGCAGCCGUUUGAUUCGGCGCCCUGUGAUGAGUCUUUUUUUUACCAUGGCGGGUGUCAAAUGUGUCCUUUUGAAUAUUUUCACAAGCUUGGUAACUGUAUGGGAUUUCAGCCAAUGCCAUUUAUGAUGGGAAUCCAACCUACUCAACCAAUAACUCAGGGUCCUACAGGAACAUCUACGGAUACAGAAACACCUACUACUGAUCCUACAGGAACAUCUACGGAUACAGAAACAUCUACUACAGAUCCUACAGGUACAUCUACGGAUACAGAAACACCUACUACAGAUCCUACAGGAACAUCUACGGAUACAGAAACACCUACUACAGAUCCUACAGGAACAUCUACGGAUACAGAAACACCUACUACGGGUCCUACGGGAACAUCUACGGAUACAGAAACACCUACUACGGGUCCUACGGGAACAUCUACGGAUACAGAAACACCUACUACUAAUACAGAAACACCUACGGAUACAGAAACAUCUACUACAGAUCCUACAGGAACAUCUACGGAUACAGAAACACCUACUACUAAUACAGAAACACCUACGGAUACAGAAACAUCUACUACAAAUCCUACAGGAACAUCUACGGAUACACCUACGGAUCCUACAGAAACAUCUACUCAGUGUCCUGAAUCGACUCAGGGACCAACCCAACAACAAGAGAGUUCUUCUGUUCACAAGCAGACAGUGGUAGAAGAAGAACCUAUCGUUGUUGUUUUACAUGAAUCGGAUCCAGAAUCUAUUCAAGAAGCUUCUGUUAAAGACUAUGUCGAUGAUAACCUAGAACCUGACGAUGACGUUUUACAAAAAUAG